AUGCCGCCUCGGUCAGAAAUCCUUUCUGUGCCCCACCCGCUGAUUGUAGCUUUGCCCGGGACAGAGCAACUGUUUGAGAUGACAUCUGACUCCAGCCUGAGCCUGAGGUUUGCCUCUCACAGUCCGUCAGCUCUGCUCCGGCGGGGGGUAUUUGGUGAUUAUUAUCACUUCCGGCAUCGCACAGUGGUGAAGAGAUCUUUGUCUGAUCACAGAGGGACACAAGUCCGUCUCGAAAGAGAUCCCAAGGUGACUUGGGCUGAGCAACAAGUGUCGAAAAAGAGGAAAAAGAGGGACAUCUACCAAGAACCAUCAGAUCCCAAGUUCAGAGACCAGUGGUACCUGUACAACCCAAACCACCGUGACCUGAAUGCCAGAUCUGCGUGGGAGUUGGGCUACACAGGUAAAGGAGUGGUGGUGUCCAUCCUGGAUGAUGGAAUAGAGAAGAACCAUCCUGACCUAAUGCAAAAUUACGACCCGGAUGCCAGCUACGAUGUGAAUGAUGGCGACCCAGAUCCCCAGCCCCGAUACACGCAGCUUAAUGACAACAGGCAUGGAACACGAUGUGCAGGAGAGGUGGCAGCGGUAGCCAACAACGGGAUCUGCGGAGUCGGUGUGGCAUACAAUGCCAAGAUUGGAGGUGUGCGUAUGCUGGACGGAGAGGUGACUGACAUGGUGGAGGCCCAGUCCCUCAGUUUGAAUCCCCAACACAUCGACGUCUACAGCGCCAGCUGGGGCCCGGAGGACGACGGCAAAACUGUGGACGGACCUGCCAAACUGGCCAAAGAAGCUUUUCUGCGUGGAGUUACAGAGGUUUGUGUUUGAGAAUCUUUGUGUGAGACUGAAAUUAUUUACUGCCUGUGUGUAACUUCCUUUUAGCGGCCAGUAAUUGAACUGUUCAAGCAUGAGAGGACACACAAGCGGGAAGAACAAAGCAAUUUAUGACCCUGACAAUUAUGAAUGGAAGGGAAUGUCCGCUAAAAGCCACGACGGAGUAAAAUCUUUAAAAGUUAAUAGAAGAAGGUGCACUGAGAGAAAUUAAGUAUGAAUAGUUUUUGUUAGUUGAAAGGUGCUUCUUUAAUUGCAACCUCUUUUAUCUCAACUCUUUCAAUCUGUC